AUGAGCACACAUUCUUCAGACCCGUCUCCAAACGCCAGCGGACGGAUCGUAGCCGAGCCUGUCGCAGCCCCCAUGCGGAUGGUAUCCGGGUUCUCCACAACGUGGUUCAAGGCGGGCGCUUUGGGACCCAUUACGACAGAAAACACAAUCUUUAUUAGGCUAAUAUUCUGUAAUCUGGGCGGUGCACGGGUGUGCGAGACGGACGGGGCAGAACGCCUUCUGUUGGGGUAUUUUGACCAACCGAGCAGCAACAGAAGGUCGUCGGAUCUGGCUGUUCGUGCCGUCGUCUCCAUUUUAGAAGACUCGGGUCCGUCGUUCAAUGGUGGUUCCCAUUACAUAAGCAAGUUUCUGUUCCAGCUGCGCAGUCUGGCACACGAGUCGCUGGUCGACCGGCUGUGCUACAACGAGCUGGACUCGAACCCGGAGAUCGACGCGUUCAAGAAAAAGAUCGUGGCCGCGAUCCUGGCCAACGACCUGUACAAGAGCAGCAAUCCGGGCCAGCUGAUUCCGGCCAGCUCGCGGUUCUAUGCAAACGGCCGGUCCACGAGCGACAAGCCCGACUUCGCUGACGUGCUGCGACACCUUGAGGUGCGCGCGCGCAUCAAAGAGUUCGAGUACGAGUCCCACAGUCUGCGGCUCGGCCUGCUCAGAUACAGGCUGCCCAACGUGCUGCCGUUCCAGGUGUCUGUGUUCAUCGAGGUCCAGCCGGGCGUGAUGCUGUUUAUGACCAAGUCGCUGCCGAAACUGCACCAUGUGACAACGGAUUUCCUGGUGAACGAUCUGGGGUGUCUGAUCAGCCCCGUGAGGUUGGACGAUGCGUUUUUGAAAGAGAUUCUGGACUCAACGAUCGAGGAGCUGGACUCCGCCGCGGUCGGCGAGCUCGAGCUCGCGUUCGCCAACAUAAAAACCACAAAUAAUGCGCUUUCGCAGCUGGUGAUCAACGUCCCGCGCGCAGACGUGGCCAAGUUCCCGAAAACAAACUUCUCCGCAGCCCUGUUCGAGCACCUGCGCAAAAACACCGCCAUCGACUUCCAGAAACUCCAGCUCACAAAGAUCAGAUGCGACCUGUAUCUGUUCCUGGCCGAAGGUCGGCUCCGAUUCAACAGCGAGCUCGGGUUCCAGCCGUACGUGGACGAAGAGGACCCACGACCAUCGUUGUGGCCGUUUCUGAUGAGAAUAUGCGACUUAUGCACUUGA